CACAAUGGGGAUGCCAUGCUACGAUAAUUAUCACCAACAGGUCCUCAUUUGGUUUCACUUCCCAGGGUGAAAUCUACCUCUGAUGGACACCUCCUACACCAUCCAAAAGCCCAGGUCACGUCACCUCCAGCUGUGGAAGAAACGGAGCUGCUCCAGAAGCUUUACCAUCUCCUGGAAGCCAAGGGGUUUCAGACACGGAUGGAAGGAGUGGCACUCCUCCUAGACCUGUGCAAAACCAGCCCCCAGCUCAUCUGCACUAACAUUCUCCAAAUUUUUGAUUAUUUUGUCUGGAGAAUAUCUGACAGCCACAAGAAGGUGAAGCAGAAGGCUCUGGACGUGCUGGCUGAAAUCACAAGCAUCCUGAAAGAUGCCCUGAACCCAGUGAUCAUUGGUUUGGUGGAAGGAAUAACAAGGAGCCUGAACUCAAAGGAUCCCAGGGUUCGUGCUGCAGCUGUGAAAGCACUGGAUGAAUCUAUUGCUCAUUUGGAUAAAGUAUCACUGCUGAAAGAGUUCAGCUACCAAUGGAAUCAGCUGCGUGGCCAAGCUCUGCUGGAUGUCGCGGAGCGUAUCACAGUGCUUGUGCAGUGGGUUUAUGCCAGCAGCCCUGAAGUGGUCCAGCACGACACCCUGCCCGUGCUCUGGUCCUUCCUGGAGAACAAGGCGCUGCCUGUCCGAAGCGCCAACGUCCGCACCGUGGCCACCAAGCUUGCCUGUGCCCUCUACAAGGUGAUGGGCACCCAGCUGAAGAAAUGUGCUGCCAGCAAGCCUCCACAUGUGCGGGAAAACCUCUCCAAGAUUUUGGGCUGGUGAAGGAGAGAUGUUCUCCAGAAAGCUGACCAAGUGCUGAGUUGGACACCUCUGGAUGUGACUUUUCAGCUGUGCCAAAAAUGACAAAAUCCUAAGGAAGGGUGUGCAUCUGCCCCUGCUCUCUCCAUCACCCUUCCUAGUCAUGGCAUGGGGGGCCUGAAGGAACUCCAGAUGGAGGACAAGAUCUGACUGGUUACAGUCUUACCAAGAAGUUUUCUCUGGACACUUCUGAUGUUCCCUUACCCACAAAGUCCUUGCCUCCCAUCCAGAAGAGCUCUCUUUCCUCCAAGCUCAGGAAGAAGCUGCCACCUGUCAGAAGAGUGUUUGAAGAAUAGGAUUUAUGCGUUAGGCCUCAUAGUUACAGAUGUACAUAUGUUCUGUUCUUUAGAUGUAGUUUUGAAUAAAUUUGUUUUGAUUCUAUCUUUAAAUUUUGAUGACAUAUUUUAAUUGUAUCUAUUUUAAUUUGAUGAUGAAAAAACGUAAAU